UACAGUCGCGAGCCACAACCAUGGAGCUGCUGCUGCGGGACAGCCUCCCUCGGGUCUCCCUUGCUGUGUCUGCCGCCGCGCUGUACGCGCGCGCCGUGUCCUCACUCGUAAGGCCCGGCCUCCGGCGUCUCGCCAUGCUGCUCCCGGUGGUCGUCUUCUUCAUCGCGGCUCCCUUGGGCUUCUCUUCCGCCGUCGUCCGCUGCGUCGCCGGCCUGUACCUGGCGUGGCUGGGCACGUUUAAGGUCGCCCUCCUGGCCCUGGGUCGCGGGCCGCUGGACCCCGGCCUCCCCGUGCUCCGGUUCCUCUUCGCCGCAGCCCUCCCUAUCGAGCUCAUUCAUCCUGACGAAGAACGACCCGAAGCGGCCGAGUCGGCGUCUCUCGCUUCUUACACGUUCAAGGUCGCCACCACAGCCGCCAUCGUCCAUCUCCACCAGUACUCUAAAAAGAUGCACCCCAGCAUGCGCCUUCUUCUGUACGGAUUUAACAUCUGGUGCACCAUGGAGCUCCUGUUCGCCUCCAUCGCGGCCGCCUGCCGCGCGCUGGGCAUGGAGGUGAAGCCGGCGUUCGACAGGCCGAACCUCGCUACGUCGCUGCGCGACUUCUGGGGCCGCCGGUGGAACCUCGCCGUGUCGGCCAUCCUCCGGGCGUCGGUGUACGACCCCCUGCGCGCACGGGCCGGAAAGGAGGCGGGCAUCCUGGCCACGUUCCUCGUGUCGGGGCUAAUGCACGAGGCUCUCGUGUGCUACCUCACCCUGCGGCGCUCCACCGGAGAGAUGACCGCGUUUUUCCUGCUCCACGGCAUGUGCCGCGUGGCAGAGGAGCGGUGCGUGCGGCGGUGGACGGCGAGGGGGUGGCCGCCGCCGCCACGGCCCGUGGCCACGUUUCUUGUAUGGAUGUUCCUGACGGCCCAAUCGUUCUGGCUGAUCUUGCCAACGGUUUACCGGGGGAUGGAAGAAGGCCGGAGAUGCUACCACUGUUGGAGAAACGCUUAUCGGUACCAGCACGUUAGUGCCGGUCACAAAGGAGCCGGCACUAACGUGUAUCUACAGUACACCACAGUCACUUUAGUACCGGCUAUUCUCUACAGCCGGCACUAAAGUGUCACCCCCAACGGUCAGUAGCUUGCACCCUAACGGUCAGAGCCAAUUUAGUGCCGGCUGGAGCCUCCAGCCGGCACUAACUUGGCACGGUGCAGGUUAGUGCCGGCUUAAGGGUCCAGCCGGCACUAACUGUCUACAGAUUUGUGCCAGCUGAAUUCACUAACCGGCACUAAGUUGCCCCGUAUAUACUGCCCCCUCCUUCUUCCCCAGCCCGACCCAUCCAUUUGGCCGAGCUUCUCCUCUCAACCAUGGCGUGUUAGAGGGGAGGUGCUGCCCAUUUUCUCCAAAAUUUGUGAGGAUUUCGCCCAUCCAAGUGCAUUAAAGGUUAGCAGCUUCUUCCACUCUUCUUUCACAGUGUUUAUUCUUUUGUUUCAUGCUUUCUAGGUAAAGAAAAUAGUGAUUUUAAGGUUGAGGAACAAUGAGCAUAAUUUUUCAAUUUGUUCAUUAAU